GGCGGUGCUCUAUUAACCACGACUGGCGAAACAUGGUGGCACCCAGGGUGUCGAAACUUUCGGUUGCAGUUUCGUCAAAGUUUCACCAGCCUCUGAAAACUUAAACAAACUGAAUCUGCAACGCAGGCCGCGGCUCCUCGAUAGACGCUAACAACAAGGACGGGGUCUGUUGCAAUCUCACGCUUCACCGUUUCAGUGAAAGGAUGCUUUCUCGAGUUGUUUUCGAUUCAGAUGCUGCAGUGUUUACCUUCAAACGUCAACGCAUUUGGAGCAAUUUAAUAACGAGCGAGAAAGCGAGCCGAGCAACGCACAGAGACAGUAGCGGCUUUAUGCACGGUAAGAUAAUAAUACCCCCUUGCUUUUAAGAACCGGACUGUCGUUUUGUUUUUAAUCAGAAUUUGGAUUCAGUCUUUUUGGAUGCCUUUGAAGGAAUGUGAUGCAGGGGGGUAGUGUAGCGUGCUUAGAGAAUAAGAUGACACCCUGGAUGCAAACCAAUGUCACUGAAACAAGAAGGAGAAACAAUGUGACUGUAGGUGUUUGCUAAUGUAACAGGCAUGUGCGUGUCUUUACAUGUGGGGCCAGACACCGUUACUGUUCAACCCAACUGAUUGUACACACAGUACUACAGCGCAGUUUCCCAGACCGCUGUAAAAUCUAACAAACAAGACAUACCGAUUGACUAACGACCAUUAUGGGUUUGGUAUAUUUGGUUUUCAACUCCGUCGGGAGAGCCAUAGACUUCCUGUGCUUCAUAUUGGAUUUGAAUUUCUGCAUCGUGUCCUCUCUACUCAGCCUCCUGUUCGGCACCAUCUCCUUUGUAUACAGUCUGCCCACUCUCCUGACCACGGGGGUGUUUCAGUGCUGGAACCUCAGCCUGAUUUGCGUGCUCACAACCGUGGACGCCAUUAUGGGGGUCGCUCAGGGCUCCUUCAACGUGGUGGGCAGCUGGUUUCGGGUAUUCUGCGGGGUGCCCGAGAGCUUUAAGAUGGUGGGUCACCUUUUCUCCCACGUGCUGCUCAGGACCAAAGAGCUGUUCCACCGGGGGCUGCUGUCCGGGCAUUCCCUCUUCAGACAGAUCUGCGAUGGCUGCGGCAUUGCCCUGAGCCUGAUUGUGUACUUGGUGAACACUGUCGUCAACAUAUUGCUGAUCGGCACCCAGAACUGUUUCGCCGUGGUGCUGGCUGCUUGGGAGGCAGUGUCCGGGCCGGUGCAGAAGAUCCUGGAGCUCACCCUAGCCCUGCUCAGCUACCUCUCCAGCAGCCUGGUGGGCACUGCCAUCUUGCUGUGGACCCCCUGCCAGCUUGCCCUGGAAUUCCUCCGCUCCCUCAGUCAGAUUUUCGUCAGCGUCUUCCUGCUGAACCUGUACGGCCUGCUGCUCACGCUGGUCAUCGUUGCCGUGGCCACGCUCUAUGUGAACCCGGGACUGGCGCGCAGAGUGGUGGAGCGCAUGCUGCGGUACUUGAGCACUGUGCCUUCGCUCUCCCGUCUGCAGAGGAUGGUGCACAGGCUGUACCUGCUGGUCAUGGCGCGGACUCAAGCCCUGCUGCUUUUAGAGAUCUGGCAGCGGGCGGUUAGGCUGGGCAGCAGGACUGGGCAAGCAGCUGGCAAUAACAGGGCAGACGCUGGGCAGGCUGAUGCACAAGGACCCCCUGAAGCAGUCCGUGCACCCCUGCCACCCCCACCUCCCUUACCACCACCGCAGCCACAGAACAAUAACCCUGAUCCUCCGCCAGGGUCCUCCAGCGCAGACGGGCCUCUGAAGAAGCACCUCUCUGGGGACGGGGACAAGGUGGCCCCCCAGACCGAGCUCCUGUCCCUCCUCAAGGAGCACGAGGAGCGGAAGAAGUGCGUCAUCUGCCAGGACAGCGUCAAGACCGUGCUGCUGCUGCCCUGCAGGCACCUGUGCCUCUGCCGCGAUUGCACCGACAUCUUCCUGCGGCAGCCGCUCCACCAGCACAACUGCCCGCUCUGCAGACACAUGAUCUUACAGACAAUGGAUGUAUUCCUCUGAGCCUCACUAGAGAGGGGCUCUUCUCAUUAGGACAAAAUCAGAGACUGCAUCUGCGUAGCGGCUUGAACCAUUCCAGCUUUUUAAUGCAAGCUAGAUUCAUCUGACACAGCUGAACUGAGCUGUGACUCAAUGCAAAUCUCAGGGUUGCAGAAUAGAUGGAUGUGAAUACCUUUUGAAUGUGAGUUGUGUAUUGUAUACAUGGUGGGGAAUGAGACUCCCAUUACAGAGCAGUUAAUAGCCAUCACAUGCUUUACCAUGAGCCUUGGUUGCAUGUUAACAAAAGGUGCAUGGAUUUUAUUUAACUGCAAUGCCCUAUACAUAUUUCUUACAUAUAUGAUAAAUGAUAUAAUUAAAACAGUAAAAAAAAACCUACUCCCAUUUAAGUUUGUGUUGCAGGAAUGCCUGUUUAGUUUGCAAAACAUAUAACUAAAACGUCUUAGGAAUGUAAACAAACUGGAAAGCCAACAAAGCCUACCCUUUUUAAAAAUAAAGAUGACUGCAGAGAUCUGUAAACUAAAGUAGUGAAGAGUCACCAAAUAUAUUUGCAGUUUCAAACUGAAUUUGAAGGGGCAGCGUUGCAGACAGAGGCUGGGCCAGGAGUAACUCAAACUGCUAAAACCUGGAAUGGAUUAAACUGCUAUGCAGUAGGAGUCGUAUUCCCAUCCCUGCAGACAGCCUGUGUAGCCACAAUGCUUGCUCUGGAGUCUAUUUGUCCAUCAUGUGAUUACAAAAAAAAAAAAAAAAAAAAAAAAAAAAGAGAAGUGGUU